GCGCAGUCCCUCCCGGGGUUAUUGCUAGUCCGCCCAAUAAAUAGCUGCCUGGCCUGGGUUUCUGCUCACACUAAUUCUGUCCCUGGACACGCUGAGCACUGCAGGACUGACUGCGGACGGAACAGAGCAUCAAGCAUGCAGCAGCCACGUCUGGUUGGCUUCUUGGCCCUGAUUCUUGGUUGCUUACUCCAGACGCAGGCUGAAGUGCCGGUUCAGUCUGACUUCCAGCAAGAUCAGUUCGUAGGGAGAUGGUACAGCAUCGGCCUAGCCUCCAAUUCCAGAUGGUUCAAGGAGAAGAAGUCGGUGAUGAAGAUGUGCACCACGGUGGUCACGCCCACAGAAGACGGAAACCUGAAUGUCACCUCCACCUAUCCCAAGUUUGAUCGAUGUGAGACAAGAAAGACCCUUUUUGUUCCAACUGACCAGCCAGGCCGAUUCAGCUACAUCAGCCCAUGGUCUGGAAGCCAACAUGAAGUCCGAGUGGUGGAGACCAACUACGAUGAGUAUGCGCUGCUUCAUACCAAGAAGACCAAGGGGGCAGAAACCUUUACAAUGGUGACCUUGUAUGGUAGACGCAAGGAGCUGAAUCUGGAGUUGCUGGAGAAAUUCACUCGGUUCGCCUUGGAGCAGGGACUCACCCAGGAGAGCAUCCUCAUCUUGCCCCGGACUAAUCUGUGCAUGGAGGAAUCUGUGUAG